UUUUCACACUUGUUCAGUAGACUGAAUCUGGUGAGAAACACUGCAGAGAUGUCCUGUACCUUACAAUCAAGAAAAAGGUGAGGGAUCAGGGAUCAUCAUUUGGAGGAAUUACUCUUUGUUAAAUCCAGAUCUGAAGGACUUAUGCUUAGACUGUCGGCAUCUGAUCCCAGCUGUCACACUUCAGGAGUGGGAAAAUGAACACCUAGGAGCUCCGGGACAAGAACAAAACUACUUGACAAUUUCAAAAGGAAAUAAAGCCUUUUACCAAUGCAUCCAUCUGCUAUGCGAAAUGCUUCCUACUACGUGGGCCCAAAUGGGGAACCCCCUCUGUCAGGCACUGGCUUCAUCAUCCUCUCCAUCAUUAUGGCCCUUUUUACCGGCCCGGCCAUCGUACUCAAUGCUACAGUGAUCAUCGUGUCCCUCAUGCACAAGCAGCUGAGGCAGCCGCUCAACUUCGCUCUGGUGAACAUGGCUGUGGCUGACCUGGGAACAGCUAUGACUGGAGGGGUGCUGUCCGUGGUCAACAACGCCCAGGGGUACUUCUCCCUGGGAAGAACAGGCUGUGUGAUGGAGGGCUUUGCAGUGUCCUUGUUUGGCAUCACAUCUUUGUGCACAGUUGCUCUGAUUGCAGUGGAGAGGAUGUUUGUCGUGUGUAAACCACUGGGGCAGAUUACCUUUCAAAAAAAACAUGCAUUAGGAGGUAUUGCCUUGUCCUGGCUGUGGUCUCUCACUUGGAACAUGCCCCCCCUGUUUGGCUGGGGCAGGUAUGAGCUGGAGGGCGUUGGGACGUCCUGUGCACCGGACUGGCACAACCGAGACCCUCAAAACUUCUCCUACAUCCUGUCUUACUUUGCAGUUUGCUUUGCAGUUCCAUUUGUCCUUAUUCUAGCAUCCUACUCGAAGUUAAUGUGGACAUUACACAAGGUAUCCAAGAUGGCCUGUCUGGAAGGCGGUGCAGUGGCUAAAGGAGAGACGAAGGUGGCGUCCAUGGUGGUUUUGAUGGUCCUCACAUUUCUCAUCAGCUGGUUGCCUUAUGCCAGCCUGGCCUUGCUGGUGAUAUACAACCCUGAUGUGGAGAUUCACCCGCUGGUGGGCACAGUGCCUGUUUACCUGGCAAAGAGCAGCACUGCGUACAAUCCUAUCAUCUACAUCUACCUCAACAAACAGUUUCGUAAAUACGCAAUUCCCUUCCUGAUGUGUGGGAAAGAUCCCUCAGAGGACGAUGAGACAUCAGAUAUGACGACUGUGGAGAAUACCAAAGUGUCUCCCGCCUAAAAUGUAUACAAACGUACAACCAUCUCGUAGAUUUCUGCCUGAAAUGUAUACAAACAUACAACCAUCUCGUAGAUUUCUGCCUGAAAUGUAUACAAACAUACAACCAUCUCGUAGAUUUCUGCCUGAAAUGUAUACAAACAUACAACCAUCUCGUAGAUUUCUGCCUGAACUGUAUACAAACAUACAACCAUCUCGUAGAUUUCUGCCUGAAAUGUAUACAAACGUACAACCAUCUCGUAGAUUUCUGCCUGAAAUGUAUACAAACGUACAACCAUCUCAUAGAUUUCUGCCUGAAAUGUAUACAAACAUACAACCAUCUCGUAGAUUUCUGCCUGAAAGGUUCACAAUCCAGAUUGCACUUCUUUUUGUCACCUGACGCACACUUAUCAGCAACACUAUAACUCCAAUGUUUAGAUGGGUUUGUAUUUCUUAAAUGAUGGAUUGAUGGUUAGGAUUAAUAUUUCUUUGACUUCACAUGUACAGACUUAGUUAGUGGUGACAGAAACAGUGUACAGGUUUUGUGCAGAAUACAAAUAAACGAGAGCAGUAAUUCAGCAUAAGUUUAUUCAAUGAUGAUCAAUAGAAAAUAAAAUAUUAGUUUCGAUUCAAAUAAAGUCAAGGCCAAAAUAAAAUGAAAAAUACAAAAAAUGUAUUGAUAUAAAACCUAGAAGGUUAUAGUAAAGCAUUUGCUACUAAGAGAAAUGAUGUUUACUGAAUAAAAACAUUAAGGAGCAAAUAUCAAGACUUUCAAGUAGAGAACAUUACCAUGGGUCUUUCCAUACGUUUGUACAUAUUUUACAUUAUCUUCUAUUUUAAUACAGCUUUCAGAACAUUAAUAGUUGUAAGAGUAAUUAUAAUCAUAACAAUAUGAAGAAAACUAAUAGAAAUGUUCAAAUUAAUAAUGUGUUUCUCUGUAAACCGGUACUCUACCAUUUUUAUUUUUUCCCCUACCUGCGAACAGAGAAACAGUGCACCUUGAAAAUAUUUUUUAAUACUCUUUCAUUCCCAGCAUUGUAAGGUAAUGUGUAAAUGACAAAUAUAGAUUCCACUAAACCAUACACACAGUCACAAAAAGUACAAAAUUGUCUCACCUUAAUACACAAAUCUGUUUAGAAAAAGGAGAAACAAAAGCACUAUACAGUUACUUGUGCAAAGACAAACAGCUAUGUGCUAAUAUUUAAAUACCAUUGGUAUAGACCAAAUCAUCUUUUCUUUUUUCAGGAAUCCCUGACAUGAGGUAAAAGUAAGUUCUUUUCAUCUGAAGUUCAACACAACUUUUAAAAGUGUUUACAAAAUAAUGCAUAUCUUCAGUUCAUCAGUACUGUAUUUGCUACGAAUAGUACAAUAUGCCUGUUAUGUGCAUUGGUCCUUUUAUAUGACAGUCAUCAACAAAAGGACUAGAACACAAUUUUUUUUUACUCACAAACAAUUCAAAGAGCCCUUUCAAUGUGCACACAAAAUGGAAAACCUACAUUUUCAUGACAGUAUUCGGUUGAAUUAGAGUACAGAGCGCACUCGCCUACAAAUCAAAAACUCAUGAACACAUUAACCCUAAAUAUCCUAGGCGCUAAUUCAAACUCUCAAUGGUUAUGCCUGAAAAAGCCCACUUCAGUUUACUUAGUCCAG